AUGCCCAUCUACGCAUCUCAUCUCCCCCCACAGACAUUCUACGCCCCCGGCCCCGAGAGCCACGAUGUCUGCAUCUCGACAUGCAGCGGUGCCCUCUACCUGCAUUCGCGAGUGCUAAUCAUGUUCUCGCCCUGGUUCGCCGCCAGCAUGUCCAGGCUGUGGUGGAAAGAGCAAGCCCCAACGCUCAAGUACCGCUACAGCUACACGCUCGACGUUGACGCCGACGGCAUCUCCACGCUCCUCCCGCCCUGCCAGAAGGAAGAAGAAGAAAUAGAAUAUGAACCUCUAGCUCCAGACCCAGAACUAUCCACAAACUUCCACCGCCUCUACACCCAGCUCUUCAGCGCCUUCUACCGCCUCCCCCUGACAAUCCUCGACCACCAUUCUCUCUCCGCCCUCAUCGACCUCGCCGACCAAUACCAAUGCCUCCCCACCGUCGCCGACUCCAUCCGCUCCACCCUCUUCGAGCGGCCCACGCUCGACCGCGAGAUCCGCGAUGCCCCCACCCGCUUCCUCGCCAUCGGCCACAAACUGCGCUCCGCGCGCAUCUUCCGCGAAGCCUUCAUCCACUGUGUCGGGCUGCGCACCACCGCCGACGCCCCCACGCCGCAGAUCGCCGCAAUGAUCACAAAGGAGACGUACCGGCUCGAGCAGCUAGUCGCCACCGCCAUGCGCCGGUUUCUCGGGUUGAGUGGGUUCGGAGAGUACACGAGGCAUGUGAGGAGCCUGGUGAGGGGAGAACUGGGGAGGUGCUUUGAUCAGUAUCCCGAGGCGGGGAAGGAGGGGAGGCUGUUUAGGAUGAUUGCGGAGAACCCGUUUACGGCGGAGGAGCGCGGGGAGGAGAGGGAUUGGGGGGGGCUGCAGUAUCAGGCGAGGGGACUGGUCGCGAAGGUGAAGGCAUUGGCGGGCGCGCUGGUGGUCAAUAAUUUGAGGUUGAAGCAGGAGAUGGAUUAUUUGACAUGUGCGGAGCUGAAGGAGGAUGCUCUGCCGUGGUUGUAG